AGACUCAACUCUCUGCUUCUUCUCUCUUUCUCUCUCUUCUCUCUCUCUCAUCCUUCCCCAUUUAGUUUAGUUCUUUCUUUGCUCUAAUAAAAGCGAUUGAUGGGCAUCUCUCAACUCUUUUCGCUCAUUCAAAUUCUGAUAUUUCCUCUCACGUUUAAUCAAAUUGCGUACAGUUUCUUGUUUUUUUUCUCUUCAAUUUUAGCAUCCCACUCAAGAACAACACUCAAUCAUCGCUUAUCAAUGAUUUAAAUACCCCACUCUCUACUUUCUUUAAUAAUCGUCGAAACUUCAAUUUUUUUUUUUAUUCUACGAUUUUUCUCAGUUCAUGGGUUUUACGGGUUGGAACUGAAAAAAAUUCUUGAACCAAUUGAGCUUUCUUUUGCUUUUCAAGAAGCUGAUAAGAGUGCCACAUGGGCUUGGAAUUACCCUCUGCUGAUAAAGAUUCAAUUUUUUUUAGAGGGAAGUUACUAAUUCUGAUAUGGAACCACAGCAGUUAAUCUUGAGAUAUUCGGGUUGGGUACGCGAAGCGCUCGAUGAAUUGCCCGAUUGUUUCACCAUAACCGAUCCUUGUGUUUCCGGGCACCCAAUUGUUUUCGCUUCCGAUGGGUUCUUGAAAAUGGUGGGUUACUGUAGGGAGGAGGUGAUUGGGAGGAACGGGAGAAUAUUCCAGGGUCCCGAUACUCGUCGGAGCUCGGUUAUCGAAAUUCGGGAGGCGAUUCGGGAGGAGAGGUGCGUGCAGAUCAGCCUGUUGAAUUAUCGAAAAGACGGGACCCCGUUUUGGAUGUUGUUUCAGUUGUGUCCUGUUUUUAGUAAGGAUGAUGGUAGGGUGAUCAAUUUCGUUGCGGUUCAAGUUCCUAUAUCGAGGAAAUCGAGGCGGUCCGGAGUUGGGAAUUCGAGGCGGGAGAUGAAUUCGUGCGAGGAUGGAAACGGAUUUCGUGACAAUUUUUUCAGGUGUUGUAGGAGAGAAGUUUGCUCGGAUUCGAUUUUCGAGCUCGGGCGUGCGUCGGCUAUGGAUUCCGUAUCGAGUCACGAUGAUGAAGUUGAAACGAACGAGCCUUGCGAAGCGAGUGAGGUAGAGAAGACGAAAGCGAGUGCUGCAAUAAGUAACAUUUUGUCGGUGCUAACGCAUUACAGCGAGUUAACUGGCAGAUCGGUCUGCGUAAAACGAUGUCGAUUAACUGGGAACGGACAUCUUAGUGCAUCCUUAAAUAUAUCCCUCCGUAGAAUCAAACAAAGCUUUGUAUUAACUGAUGCGUUCUUACCUGACAUGCCGAUAGUGUAUGCAAGUGAGGCGUUCUUGAAACUGACAGGAUAUGAUAGGCAUGAAGUACUGGGGCAAAAUUGCCGAUUUUUGAGUGGGACGGAUACAGAUACGGUAACACAAUUUCAGAUAAAGGAACACAUUCAAGCCCAGCAAGCUUGUACCGUACGCAUCCUUAAUUACAGAAAAGAUAGAACAUCGUUUUGGAACUUUCUUCACAUUUCCCCGGUGCGAAAUGCUUCAGGAAAGGUGGCGUUCUUUGUUGGGAUACAGAUAGACGAGCGGUGUAGGAAUGGGGAGACGCAUGGGUUGAGUCCCGAGAUGAGGCAACUUAGCGUGGUCGGUGCAGUUAAAGUUGCAGUGAGAGGAUUGUCUAUGGGGGCAAAUUCGUCCUAACUGGCUGGUAUAUGAUCACUUCUUUUCGUCGUCUCGAUCAUAUAUAGAUAUUCGAAGGAAAAAAAUUGCUAGCUGAUGUAUAGUUAGGUUUGCCCCCCACUAAGGCGCUCGAUCUUUUGUUUGUUGUUGUUGAUGAACAUGUUUUGGAUCUUUAUUUUGAUGAUAAUAAAUUGAGUUUAGUGUUA